GCACCCCGGAGGUACACAGGCGAGAGGCGAGAGACGCAUAAAACGCUACCCGGCUGCUGUUCCCGUUUUGUUUUCUGCGAGAGGUGGCGAACGCGAUGGACCCAACCGCGUAUAGACCAGAAGAGAACGUCAACCGAGUGGCUUGCCUGGAUGCAUUUCUCCAGCGCUUCUCCGGCGGCGCUGGCUCCGGCUCCGACUCAAGCGACGAUUUCACCCCGCUGACAACGGGAAACAACGCCUCUUCAACACCAACAACUCCGAGGACUUCCGAUCGAAACGGCACUCCGAGUGGCGUUAGGAAUGAUGGGGCGCUGGCCGUGGGCGAAGAAGGAAGUGACGGCGGCGACCUUCGGGCCAUGACCAGCGGUAUCGCCGGGGGGGACCGCGGUGGUGGCGGCGGCAGCGGCGGCGGAGGCGUCGAUAGCGGUAGCGCUAGUGGUAGCUGUGGCGGCGUCGGAGCGGCGGGCUCUACAGGGAUUGCCAGGGGCCGAGAUGCGACCGCAGUAGCGGCAGCAGCGCAGGCCGAGAUCUUGAAAGUGCUGGACUUCUUGUUUUGCUCGGAUUGUCCGCUGGUGGAAAGCACCAUCCAGGUGCUGGAUAAGUCUCGAGUGGUAAAGGUGGUGGCGAGAAACACGGGCAGGAGCGUGUGGCUCGUUCAAGGAAGCCGAGGGGCUCCGUACCUGUGCCUUAGGGAGUACUGCUCCUGCAGGAGUUUUCAAGAGCUUGUUAGAAGAGGCGCGCCUCAUCCCGUGCUGUGUAAGCAUUUGUUGGCCGUACGACUGGCACCCGCGUUGGGACUGUCGAUGUCGGAAGAGGUGGACGACGACAAGUUGGCAAUGCGAAUAUCCUCCUGCGAUUACGGUGGCUGA